AUGACCCAUCUUUCUCUUCAUCGUGCAAUCUUCAUCGUCCAUUUUGAUUGUGACGACCAUACUAUACACAUUUAUUUAAGCACUUGUGUUGCAGUGUUUGGUUCGUACCAGUUCGGAGCUUGUGCUGGCUACUCUUCUCCUACACAGUCUGCAAUAACUGCAGAACUUCAUCUGUCUACUGCUGAGUUUUCACUUUUUGGUUCUGUACUGACUUUUGGUGCAAUGUUUGGCGCUAUAACAAGUGGACCGAUAGCUGAUUUUGUUGGUCGAAAAUGGGCAAUGGGACUGUAUGCCGCAUCAUGCGUAGCAGGGUGGUUAGCUAUAUAUUUUUCCAAGGGUACUUUUGUUUUGGACCUAGGAAGAUUAGCCGGGGGAUAUGGAAUGGGUGCCUUCUCCUAUGUGGUUCCUAUUUACAUUGCUGAAAUAUCACCUGUAAACAUUCGAGGAGCCCUUACAACACUGAAUCAGGUCAUGAUCUCUACUGGGGUAUCAGUGGCAUUUAUAAUAGGGAUAGUAGUGUCAUGGAGAACAUUAGCAUUAACCGGACUAAUCCCUUGUGCUAUUAUGAUUUUGGGUUUGUUUCUUAUUCCGGAGUCACCAAGAUGGCUGGCAAGAAGAGGAAAUCAGGAGUACAAAUAUGCACUUCAAAAACUUCAAGGCCAGGAUGCAGAUAUAACUCAUGAAGUAGCUGAGAUCCAGAGUUGUAUAGAGGAGCUCAAACACCACCCGAAAGCUAACAUAUUUGACCUGUUUCAGAAGAAAUAUAUACGUUUUGUCAUUGUAGGAGUUGGAUUAAUGGUGUUGCAACAGUUUGGGGGAAUCAAUGGAAUUUGCUUCUAUGCAAGCAAAAUUUUUAAGACUACAGGAUUUUCCCCAAAGAUUGGAACAGUUAUAUACGCUUUACUACAGGUUGUGAUUCCAUCUGUUGGAGCAACGUUGAUCGAUAAAGCUGGAAGAAAGCCACUACUAUUGGUUUCAGCGACUGGAUCAGCUUUAGGUUGCUUUCUAACAGCAGUUUCAUUUUACCUCAAGGUUCAUCAGGAAUACACAAAAGAAGGAGGUAUACUUGCAGCUACUUGUAUACUGGUGUACAUAGCAUUCUACUCGGUAGGAAUGGGUCCGAUCCCAUGGGUUGUAAUGUCAGAGAUUUUUCCGAUAAAUGUAAAAGGAGUGGCUGGAAGCCUGGCAACACUCGUCAACUGGUUUGGUGCUUGGGCAGUCUCUUAUACAUUCAAUUUUCUGAUGGAAUGGAGUUCGUAUGGUACCUUCCUUAUCUUUGCUGCGACUAAUGCACUCGACAUCAUUUUUGUUAUCAUUGUGGUGCCUGAAACUAAUGGGAGAACAUUGGAGGAAAUCCAAGUCGCCCUUAACGGAUAGUGAGAGGACCCAUAACAAUUUUCAAAGGGAGAGAAUAAAGGCAUCAGAAGCGCUUGUUACAAUGUGUAACCUUUAUUAGAGAUUAGAGAAUGUAUACAAAUUUACUGAUUCAUGAACAAAUACAAAUCCUUGAUAGAAAAUAUUAAACUCCAACAAUACUCUAAAUACUCAAAAGCUUAAAUUCGUGAUGAA